ACAGGCUUUUGUGACUUAGUAUGGCACACAAGCCCAGAACUGUGAGAGAAAACAACUUCUAAAAUCUAAAAUUCCUCGUUGCUCUUUUGUAACAGAGAUCUCGCGAGAUUACAGGCUAAUACUGUUGGCACUGGGUGUAUUUAUUUUGCUCCUUCUGCAAGUCGUCCAGUGAAGCAGAGGGAAGGUAGCAGAAGUGAUGGGUCUAAUAUCUUUAAGUGUCGGACCUUUAAGGAACCGGGUCCGGACGCUUCGGUCGUGGAGCAGAGACCUAUCUACAUUCUCGGCCGCUUUUCGUAACACUGGAGUUCUCGCCCCGAAGUCGUCACUGGUCCAAAAGAGAUUUGGUUUAUAUCAACAGAGUUUUCAACUCGCUCGGCUCCUGAGCUCGAACAAACCACCAAGAGGUUUUGAAAAGUUUUUCCCAAAGAGUGAAGAAAGGUCUGAAGUCAACAAAUCAGCUAAAGAAAACACCAAAGAGCAAGAAUCUCUUGUAAGUGAAAGGCAGGACCCAAGUGAUGAUGGGGACGAAAGAAGAAGAGGAGAAAAGAAAGAUGAAUGGUAUUCAUGGACACGUUUUCAGGAGGAUUUUCCCUUUGAUGCAAAAGCAGUUCGCAACUUUGCAAUCGCCGCAGCAGGCAUGACCUCAGCUUUUUUAUACUUCUACUUCCGAGAGACGGGGGUCCAGAUCUCCUGGAAGGACUUUGUGCAGUACUACUUGAACAGAGGCUUGGUUGAUCACCUGGAAGUUGUCAAUAAACAAUAUGUCAAAGUGAUUCCUGCCCGUGGGAUUAACUCAUCAGAAGUGAGCUAUUUGUGGUUCAACAUUGGCAGUGUUGAGUCAUUUGAGCAUAACCUGGAGAUGGCCCAGAAAGAGAUGGGCGUGGAGCCCACACAGAAAGUACCUGUGUUCUUUAGCAGUGAAAGUGAUGGGAAUCUGCUUUUCUCUGUUCUCCCAACAUUACUGCUGGUGGGCUUUUUACUUUUUGCCUUGCGGCAGGGACCAAUGGCAGGAGGCCGUGGAGGUAUGGGGCGAGGAAACCCCUUUAGCAUGAGCGAAUCCAAAGCCAAGGUCAUAAAGGACAACAUCAGUAUUCGAUUUAAGGACGUUGCAGGCUGUGAGGAGGCCAAACUGGAGGUUUUGGAGUUUGUAAACUACUUGAAGAACCCUCAAAAGUACCAGGACCUUGGAGCCAAGAUCCCAAAGGGUGCAGUGUUAUCGGGCCCUCCUGGUACUGGCAAAACCUUGCUGGCUAAGGCCACUGCAGGAGAAGCCGACGUCCCCUUCAUCACUGUCAACGGCUCAGAAUUCCAGGAAAUGUUUGUGGGAGUGGGCCCAGCGAGGAUAAGAGAUAUGUUUGCCACAGCACGCAAAAAUGCCCCCUGCAUCCUUUUCAUUGAUGAGAUCGAUGCAGUGGGCAGAAAAAGAGGUGGAGGGAACUUUGGCAACCAGAGUGAGCAGGAAAACACCCUGAACCAGCUGCUUGUGGAAAUGGAUGGGUUCAACAGUAGCACUAAUGUGGUUGUUUUAGCGGGGACCAAUCGAGCCGAUAUACUGGAUCCAGCUUUGAUGAGGCCAGGGCGAUUUGAUCGACAUAUAUACAUAGGUCCACCAGAUAUUAAAGGCAGGGCCUCCAUCUUCAAGGUGCAUUUAAGACCUUUAAAGCUGGACCCCAGUAUAGAAGUCAAGGCUUUGGCCAGAAAGCUAGCUGCACUAACUCCAGGUUUUACUGGGGCUGAUAUUGCUAAUGUGUGUAAUGAAGCUGCUCUAAUUGCUGCACGUCACCUCCACCAACAUAUCAGCACUAAGCACUUUGAACAGGCUGUGGACAGAGUUAUCGGGGGUUUGGAGAAAAAGUCUCAGGUGCUGCAGCUUCCAGAGAAGACCACUGUGGCGUACCAUGAGGCAGGACACGCUGUGGUGGGCUGGUUUCUUGAACAUGCAGACCCUCUGCUUAAGGUGUCCAUUGUUCCCAGAGGGAAAGGUCUAGGUUAUGCCCAGUAUCUGCCGAAAGAACAGUACCUGUUUAAUCGGGAGCAGCUGUUUGACAGAAUGUGCAUGAUGCUGGGAGGUCGUGUGGCUGAGCAGGUUUUUUUCCGCAGAAUCACUACUGGGGCUCAGGAUGACCUCAGGAAAGUCACUCAGUCUGCCUAUGCUCAGGUUGUAGAGUUUGGAAUGAGUGAGGCUGUGGGUCAGGUGUCCUUUAACCUCCCUCAGCAGGGAGAUAUUGUCACAGAGAAACCCUUCAGUGAGUCUACAGCCCAGCUUAUAGACCAGGAGGUCCGCUUGCUUAUAGAUACUGCCUUCCAGCGGACACUGAAGCUCGUCACCGAUAAGAGAGAGAUGGUGGAGAAGGUGGCAAAGCGUCUUCUAGAAAAGGAGAUUCUAGACAGAGCCGACAUGGUGGAGCUGCUAGGAACCCGUCCCUUUCAGGAGAAGACGUCAUAUGAUGAGUUUGUUGAAGUGUUGGGGGAAUUUGAGGAGGACACAUCUCUACCUGUAGGGCUGAAGGACUGGAACAAGAAUAACAGUGAGGACCAGCAAAAGAAAUCAUCCCUUUACCUGUAGGUGGACAUGGAGCCUCUAGGAAAAUAUCUGCCUGAAUUCAAGUGAAUUUCAAAGAAGGUGCAGAGCCAUCUAGUCCAGACUGCUGCCUGUCGGGGCUUUGAACAAAAACCUCCCACAAGAGGAGGGAUAGAAAUUUGUUGCAUGGGUCUUAAAAAGGUUAAAGUGGCAGUAACCAAGGUUUCUGUGCAGAGUUCAGUUUGUGGAUUACAUUUUACUGGAGACGCCUCAUGUCCACAAUCUAGUGCCGCCUGACACCUUAAUGACACCAGGGCUGAAACUAAGGUUUGUUGUAUUAUUGAUUGAUCUACCUAAUAUUUACGGUUCUUUAGUUUUUUAGUCACAGUGAAUAUCCAAAAGUAAAGUGAUGUGCAUCACAUUUUCCCAAGUUCUUAAGUGACAACUCUUAAGAUGUCUUCCUUUGUCCGACCAACGCCUAAAUCUUCUUCAUUUACCAUCAUCAUCAUCAGAACACAGCAAAUCGUCAGACACAGAAAUCUGUAAAUCUUUGCUGACAUUUUGCUUGAUGACUGAAAUGAUGAAUCGAUCAUCAAAAUAGUUUGCAAAUAUUGAGUAAUGAUUGAUUAAAUGUGAAGCGGGUUUAGCUCUAAGUGACACAGAAGGUCACGUCACCAAAUAAGCUAUUAUCAGUAGAGUUAUCAUAGGAUAUGAGUUUUAUUCUCAGGGUUAUUUUAGAGAUGAUCAUACAGCUAUAAAUAUAUGAACAGCUCCAGUAUCUGCCACCACUUCAUUCUUUAGUGAGUGAAUAUUAUAAAGGAGUUUUCCAAGAUUAUGGAAACCAUGUUGUGUACUUUGACCGUACGUAUCACACAGACAGUCAGAAAGCGUUCUUCACUCUGUACUAUGAAGACUUUCUUACAUUUCAUGGGUGAUGUAUCUCACCCUAAACACAUGAAUACAUUCUUUAUAUCGUCGUAGUUUUCCAGUGAACUCCAAUCUUCCUCGACUUGGUUUCUUAUAAAUAUAAAUCAGUACAGGCAGCUGUUACAACUCAGUGUUUGUGAGUUGUAACCUGGAUAUAUGAUCAAUGUUACAGAUAGAACAGGAUCACAUGUACUGUAGGUUGUUUAGUCGGCUUGUUUCCCACAGCAACACAAGUCAGUUCUGACGUGUUUACUAUGAAACAGAUUUUUAACGCUUCACUCACUCACACUACCUCACAGUCUCUCUUAACCGCCUUUCUUUUUUUACCUGUUUAUGAUAUAAAACAACUUCCAGGCUGAGCCUUUCCGUGCUUUACUGUAUUUCAUGUUGAUAAGUAAGGGCUUCAAAUAAAGGGAGGAUUAUUAUGGGUUUUCUUGAAUCUUAUAAUUUAGAAACAUGAAAUAAAAAAUCCUGAUAUUCAGGAACUCAUUCUUUCAGCCAGUUGUGGCUUAUAUUUGAGUUUGUCCCCUGAUUGUGAGCCAAGAAAGCUACGCUAAAUACCUGCUAACGUAGCAUGCUCAUCUCAUGUGUAUGAGAACCACUCCUAGGAAGGUUUCUUACUCGGCUUUCAUGAUGUCAGUGGUCUCUUAAGGGUCAACACUGUAUCUCCUAUGCUGAGUAAACCGGUGGAAUAUAAAAAUGUACUUGAACUAUUAAUUCCUUGCUGUCUGACUGGAAUCAAGUUUUCAUCUUGAUAGACCUGCCCAGCUGAAACCUCCAGAUUAAAAAAACAAGAAAUAAAAAGCAGGCUGGUUCUUUAUUAUGAUAUUGUGUGUUGUGUGUGCUUAACAAUUCACUCUUUAUUGGUGUUGUUUGAUGAAUUUUUCUUUUUAAUGAAGUAAUGAAUGUUCACUUUACAUUGAUCUAAAGAUAAAGAAUGGCACGUCUAAAGUGAUGCUGUUGCAGUACAGAACAUUAUUAAAGUGUUUUUAUACCACACUG